GCGGCCGUGCGGGAGGCCGGGCGCUCCCGCAGCUACUACCUCGACCACUUCCACUUCAAGACCUUCCACUUCCUCCUGACCAAGGGUCUCCAGGCCCUGCGGGAUGCCCAGCCCCGGCGGUGCAGCAGGGUCUACCGCGGCGUCCGGGGCGUCCGCUUCGCUGCUGAGCGGCGCCGCUCUGUCCGCUUCGGCCACUUCACCUCCUCUUCGCUCCGCAACACCAGCGCCUGGCACUUCGGCCAGGACACCUUCUUCUCCGUGGAGACCUGCUACGGUGUCGCCAUCAGGAACUUCUCCUUCUUCCCCGAGGAGGACGAAGUCCUCAUCCCGCCCUCCGAGAGCUUCCAGGUCACCUCCGUCUCUCGCGCCGGGGGCCGGACCGUCAUCGAGCUCCGCUCCCAGGACUCAUUCAGCUCCUACAACUGUGCGUUUGUGCAAGAGAAGAGAUGCAAGGAGCGGCCGUGCGUUUUCAGCGCAGGUAAGGAAACCAGCUCCCCGGGAUCC